CUCGCACAACUCACACAAAACUUACCCUUCACACAUCCUCGCACCCCAGAAACCCACCCUACUUCAACUCUGUCAACCACCAAACGCGAUACUGUACUAUACCGCCAGGAACAGACAUCAUGCCUCCUAAGAAGUGGGACGACGAAGAGAGCGACGACAGCAGUUCCUCCGGCUCCCCCGUUGUCGGUGCCGGUGCCGCUUCUCGACGCAAGUUUGACGACGAAGAGGACGAUGGCGACGUUCUAGAUUCAUGGGACGCCGAUGACGACUCCGAGGCCGAGCGUGAGAAGGAGCGCAAGGCUGCCGAGGCCAAGCAGAAGGCUGCCGCUGCCGCUGCCGCAGCCAAGAAACCUAAAGGUCAGCGAAUUGCUGAACACCAGGCCGAGCGUGCUCAACAGAGAGCCGGUGCUGCCAAUGUUGAGGAAUAUGAAGAGACAGAGGCUGAGAAGCGUGAGCGACUCCGACGCACCGAACAGGAAGCCGAUCUCGCACACGCCGCCGACAUGUUUGGAGAUAUUGGUAUCAGCGCCGGCCGUGCCAAGUCCCGUCCUGCUACUGUCGUCGUCGACUCCAACGACCCUACCAAGACCAUCGACAUUUCCAAGCUGCCUCUCUUCCAGCCUAAGACCAAGGCUCAGUUCGAGACUCUCCGCACCACUCUUACUCCCAUCAUCUCAACCAACUCGAAGAAUGCCCACUACAGCCUGUUUCUCCAGGAUUUCACAAAGGCUCUUGCUAAGGAUAUGCCCAGCGAACAGAUCAAGAAGCUCGCUAGUACAAUGACUGCCCUGGGCAACGAGAAGAUGCGAGAGGAGAAGGCUGCUGAUAAAGGAGGCAAGAAGACAAAGGCUGCCAAGACGAAAACGUCACUGGUUACUGGUCGCGCUAACGCCGCCGACACCACGACUUACGACGAUGCUGAUGAUUUUGGAGAUGAUGACUUUAUGUGAAACGUUGUUAAACAAUACAGCAAGGGUAGUUUUCAUCCAGAAGCUAAACCGCUGCUU